ACGUGGCCCCACCCCCUCCAAACCCGGAAGCGGGAGAGAGGCUGCCGAUGCGCGGACGUUUCGGGAGGAGGGAGCGGGGCGGCCCAGGUUCGCUCGGCCGCGCGCCCCGCCCCUCGGAGGCCGGCGGUCCUGUGCGUCCCCACUGCCUGCGGCGCCUGCGGGUCUGAGCGCUCCGGCCCCGGCCCCCGCGCGGGCUCAGCCACCUCCCGGCCCGCUCGGGUCCUGGAGGGAAGAGCCGCCUGGGGAGGAGGGAAGCGGACGUGGGGGCGGCCACGGCAGGGUUAACCUCCAUCUCAGCUAAUCAUGGGAGAGAUUAAAGUCUCUCCUGAUUAUAACUGGUUUAGAAGUACAGUUCCCCUUAAAAAGAUUAUCGUGGAUGACGAUGACAGUAAGAUAUGGUCGCUCUAUGAUGCAGGUCCCAGAAAUAUUAGGUGUCCUCUCAUAUUUCUCCCCCCAGUCAGCGGAACUGCAGAUGUAUUUUUCCAGCAGAUUUUGGCUCUGAGUGGAUGGGGUUACCGGGUGAUAGCUUUGCAAUAUCCAGUUUAUUGGGACCAUCUUGAAUUCUGUGAUGGAUUCAGAAAGCUUUUAGACCAUUUACAAUUGGAUAAAGUUCAUCUUUUUGGGGCUUCCUUGGGAGGCUUUUUGGCCCAGAAAUUUGCUGAAUACACUCACAAAUCCCCCAGAGUCCAUUCCCUCAUCCUGUGCAAUUCCUUCAGUGACACCUCUAUCUUUAAUCAAACUUGGUCUGCAAACAGCUUUUGGCUGAUGCCAUCAUUUAUGCUCAAGAAAAUAGUUCUUGGAAACUUUUCAUCUGGCCCAGUGGACCCUAUGAUGGUUGAUGCCAUUGAUUUUAUGGUGGACAGGCUGGAAAGUUUGGGUCAGAGUGAACUGGCUUCGAGACUUACCCUGAAUUGUCAAAAUUCUUACGUGGAACCUCAUAAGAUUCGGGACAUCCCUGUAACCAUCAUGGAUGUAUUUGACCAGAGUGCACUUUCAACUGAAGCUAAAGAAGAAAUGUACAAACUGUAUCCUAAUGCCCGGAGGGCUCACCUUAAAACGGGAGGCAACUUCCCGUACCUGUGCAGGAGCGCAGAGGUGAAUCUCUAUGUACAGAUACAUUUGCUGCAAUUCCAUGGAACCAAAUAUGCGGCCAUCGACCCGUCGAUGGUCAGUGCCGAGGAGCUCGAGGUGCAAAAAGGCAACCUUGGCCUCAGUCAGGAGGAGCAGUAGCUGGCGCUUUGGCUGGUGAUGACGAGUGACCCAGCACGUUCCUGUACAAUCAGUGACAUCAGUGCCGCCAGUCAGCCUCUGUUCAUUCGUCAGGCUCGCCGGUUAUCACUGUUCGGAAGUAGGACUGAUGGUCCCUUUGUGACAGGCGGCAGCUCUUCUGAGCCAGCGUAACUGUUCCCUCUUUGGUUUUUUAGCUUUUGAAUUUGAAGAAGUACUUUUGAAGACUCCCAUUUUAAGAAUUGUGAAAAUUUUGCUACCAAAAGUCUUCACCAUCGUGUACUUAUGUGAAUGUUACUUUCUGAGGUUUGGGAUUUUGUGGGGGUUUUUCCUUGUCUUUUUUUCUUUUUUUCCUUUCUUCCUUUUUAUAUAAUUUGCUAUAAAUACUGCACAUCCAGAUCGUGUAUUAGAAGGACAUUGGUGGUUUCUGUGCUUUCUUGUUGUAACUGUUACCAAAGUGCCAAGGUUGUCACCGCACCAAUUACUCUCCUGCAGAUCAACUACUUCCAAUUCCAGUUAUGCAAGUUGUUUUGGGUUUUAGCUGUUGUCUUUCUAGCCAUUACAGUCAUUUGGAAUAAAAAUUCAAUUUCAGUGA